AAAGUAAAGCAAUUUCUCUUCAUUCUCAAACAUCUCUUUAAUUCUACGUCGAAGAUUGAGAUUCAGAUUCAGAUUCAGAAUCCGGUGAUUUCUUGCCGGGCCGUCACCGGCGAAUUUCAUUGCCCGUCGAUUGCAGAAUACUUGAUAAGGUUGAAUGUUUAGCUGUUAAAUACUGUGAAGAGUUGGGGAGAAGUAUAGAAAGAUCAAAAAUGGCUGCAAGGAAAGCUGGUUUAAUUGCUCUGUUUGAUGUUGAUGGGACUCUUACCGCACCCAGAAAGGAAUCUACUCCACAAAUGUUGAAAUUCAUGCAGGAACUUAGAAAGGUUGUUACUGUUGGAGUUGUUGGAGGUUCUGACCUUGUAAAGAUAUCAGAACAGCUUGGCAAUACAGUUACAAAGGACUACGAUUAUGUUUUCUCUGAAAAUGGCCUUGUAGCACAUAAAGAUGGCAAGCUUAUUGGGAAACAGAGCUUAAAGUCAUAUCUUGGAGACGAGAAGCUCAAGGAAUUUAUUAACUUUACCCUCCAUUACAUUGCUGACUUGGAUAUUCCAAUAAAGAGAGGAACAUUCAUUGAGUUCAGAAGUGGCAUGCUAAAUGUGUCGCCUAUUGGGAGAAACUGUAGUCAAGAAGAAAGAGAUGAAUUUGAAAAGUAUGACAAGGUACAGAAGAUACGCGAAACAAUGGUAUCAGUGCUUAGAGAAAAGUUUGCACAUUUUAAUCUCACCUUCUCCAUUGGAGGCCAAAUUAGUUUUGAUGUUUUCCCCCAAGGCUGGGACAAGACUUAUUGUUUGAGAUACCUUGAAGAAUUUAACGAAAUUCACUUUUUUGGAGACAAAACAUACAAGGGAGGAAAUGACCAUGAGAUCUACGAGUCUGAGAGAACCGUGGGUCACACAGUUACUAGCCCUGAGGAGACAUUGAAACAAUGUUCUGUCCUAUUCCUUGGCAAGGAUAAUGGAAGUUCUUGAGCUUGUUGCAGUUUUUCAGUACACGAUUGUAUUCUAUGCACAACAGAAAUGAAUAAUUGAAAUAAUUCUUGUUUUGAAUUUUGUCAUCAAAAUUAUAAUGAUAUUACUACUACUCUUG